UCGGUAAAAUGGCGGACGAACACCAGCUUGAGCAGGUUUUGAGCAAGCUCGAGCUUGCCGAAAAAGAAGACCCAGCGCCUUUGAGCAAGGAGGAAGAAGACCCAGAGCCUUUGAGCAAGGAGGAAGAAGACCCAGAGCAUCUGAAAAAGGAAGAAGACCCAGAGCAACUGAACAAGGAAAAAGAAGACCCAGAGAAGAACAAGGAAGAAGACACAGGGCAACUGAACAAGGAGAAAGAAGACCCAGAGAAGAACAAGGAAGAAGACCCAGGGCAACUGAACAAGGAGAAAGAAGACCCAGAGAAGAACAAGGAAGAAGAAGGAUACGACGACGACGACGACUACUGGGACAGCGAAGACGAAUAUGAAGAAGAUGAAGAGUACGCCGGCAAAGUGUACACACAACAAGUCACGUACAUCGAAAAAGAAGACUGGGAGCUGUUGAGCAAGGAGCAAGCCGACGUCGACGAUGACUUCGAAGAGGUGGAGGGCACCGAAGUCGAAGUGAUAGAAGAUGUGGUGGCAUUCUUCAAGGAACAUGGCCACGAGUAUUCUAUCUACACAGUCGACUUUGAGGACGAGGAGGUUAUAUUGGUGAAGACAACAGAAGGGGUUGACCUGAGGCCGUACUGUAGAUUGUUACAGGGUCAACGUGAGAAUGCCGAGAAACUCCUGAUGAUCCCUCUGUCCAAGCUACAAGAAGUCGCUGAUUCUAUUGCUGAAGAAGUUGAGCAUGUUCAGGAGAUCUUCUUGUACAUGACAGGGCGCUGCGGUUCCACACUCUUCAUGAACGCAGCAAACACGUUGCCGAACGUUCAGGCGGUUAACCUGCCCGAAGUGUACGCUGCCAUCGCCGAAGCCGCCAACUGGGCUGAACUGGACAUCCCUGACGACGAAAACGAACUUUUCCGAGAUGAGGUGACUGGAACCGCCUUCAUUAAAAACAUCACCACGCUCCUCAACUACUACUUCCUCAAGUCGGAUCCGCUGCAGCGUUCAACAAUAAUAUACUCGCUGCACCCAAGCCAGUUCUACGUCGGCAAAUUGAUGGCAAAGGCUCUCCCGCGAGCGAAAACAGCGUUCCUGUACAGGAACGGCAUGCAGUUUUACGAGUCCCACAUUCGGCUUAUGCUCGAUAAUAAAAUGCGUCAUUUCCGCAACUUCCGGAAGGCCAUGAAGACAGGACGACAGAACUAUGAAUGGCAGGAAGAUUACGACUCUGUCGUGGUGUUCGGAGACGACGUGACUACCGAUGAAGACGACAAAAGCAUCUCCUUCUACAUCAUAACGCUCUGGCAAGGUGCAAUGAAGCACGCCUUGAAGCUACAAGAGGAAGAGCCAGACAAGUUCUUCCACGCUGCUCUCAGCUACGAGAGCCUCGUCGAGAAGAAAUCCAAGGUUUUUCUGGAGGCGAUGGAGAAGCUCGGAGUCAAGGCAGACAUCAAUGAUGCCGACAUAGAGGUUCCCCUGGCCGAAGUGUUCAACAAGGAGGCUCUGACGUGGCCGUCAGGGUUCGCGUUCUCGAGUCACCCCGUACGGGAAACGAAUGAGUACGUGCCGCACGGGGAGGUCUGGAUGGGAGAAUACGAACGGAGCGUCUUCGAUGAGGUGUGCGAGACGAGCGGAUGGCAGCCCACCGAACCAGACUUCGUCUUCCCCGGAUCCAUCCGCUGAAGAUCUCUCUCAUUGGUCAAACCGCUUCUUGCCGCUCUCUCAUUGGUUGAACCUCUAAUUGUGAUGGACAUUUGGGACCGGUCUGUUGACAUCUACGAUUAUUUUUGCCGGCGCCACAGGGGCGGGGCAUUUUACAGCACAAUUAACGAUUUUUUUUUUCGAAAUUUGUGCCAAUACUUCUGACUCAGCAUUGUUGUGGUGAUGGAGUUUAUGAUUAAUAAGCUAAAAUUUCUGCUUCAGGGCGAUGUUUCUGUGCCCUUGGUCAUGUGAAAUAAUACCUACAGCAACUUAAAUCAUGAUGUCUGAAGAUGGUGUGUUAAUAUAUUGAUGUGAAU